UACAACCCAAAAAUAUUGUUGAUUAUUUAUAUUUCCAAAUAAAUUCAAGUAUGGAUACAAUAUUAAAUCGUAUAAAUAAGACAUUCGAAACUUUGAAGAAUAAUUUUAAAUGUAAAAACUCUCCAGACAAAUUGCCUAAUUUGAAGAAUGAUAUAAGACUCCUACAAACAGAUAUCAUUGUAUUGGGAAGGGAAAAUCAUGACAAUUAUCGGAGAUCACUGGCGAUGGAAGCAUUUUUAGCGUUGCUUACUGUGAAAACUGUGCCUCUUUCACUUAUAGAUAAAAGAAAUAUUUUACAAUCGAUCUAUGAAAAAAUGAGGCCUUAUGCUUUGGCCGAAGAAUGUUUAUUUGUAUUUCUCAGAAUACAGAAUCUUUUAUGCUAUAACCUUAUACAACUACAUCUUCUUGCCGAUGCUCGUGAAAUUCUUGAAGAAGUUGAAGAACUUUAUGAUAAAAUUGAUGAGUCUAAAUUAUUUUAUGAUGCAGAGGAUUUGUUCAUAGCCGAGCCUAUUUGUAAUAUAAAAACAAUGAAUGUAGAGAAAAUCAAUAAUGUAAUUACAAAUAAUAUUCAAAUGCAAGCCUUUUUAUAUAAUAAAUUAGAUCUGCCUGACAAGUACACUAUGUACAAUCACACAGUUUUGAGAAGACAGUUGGAAAUGAAAGAAGGUACUCCCCAAGACUGGGCUUUACGGACCGCUCGACUUGGUAAUUAUUUUACUUAUCUUAAUCAGCUUGAUCAUGCUUGUUAUCAUUUGUGUGCUUCUUACCAUGUUCUUCGUACCUUCCAUGACAACUGUAAACUAAUGCCAAAAGAAUUUAUAGUGCAAAAAGCAGAUAUUGAAGUACAAUUUUUGGAACUCAGUCAUUAUUGGGUUAAAUAUGGCCUAACAUUGUUUAAGCUAUCACGCAAGAAUGUUUUAAAUAAGUUUUUUUCACAACCCACAUUAAAAACAGAUCUUUGGAAAACUGUUAAUGGAUUAGAUGAUACUCUUUCAAAUGCAGGGGAAUAUUUCAAGGAUAUCGGUCCAGAAAAAAGUGGCAAAGGUGAUUCAACUUUGAAUGAUAUUUUCACCUUCCCUACAUUAAACUUGAAUAAUAUCCAAAAUAAAGUUCCUUCGGAAACUGUAAAAACCCCCGAAGAAGCUCGUAAACUUUUUGCAUUUACGCAUAAAUGGUUAAUGCGAGCUAAGCAUUAUUACGACUUUGAACAGCACUCGUCUCAAUAUAUAUCAUGCUGCUUACAAUUAGCUGAAUUGCACGAACACUUGGCAUUCUUUGAAAAAAACAUCGAUAACCAGUAUACUAUACAAAAAAGAAGGGCGGAUGUUUUAGAAGCUCUAAACUCUCUACUGAAAACUUGCGACAACGUUAUGACUGUUCAAAUAGAUGUGAUACGUGAAUUGUCUCAAGUGCAAUUAGAGCUAAUGGCAUUGAACUUGCAAAAGUUAUGGCGUGAGGAAUCUCAAACUAACGUUGUUGAUUUGGAUACGGAUGCUGAUUAUCUAAUAAAUUCUCUGGAUUCUGCAUCAAGUAAAACUUUAACAGAUAGAACGCUAAAUGCCAACUGUAAAAAUGCAGUAUUGAGAAAAAUGGAAGCAGCUACAACAUUGAAUGGGACACUCUAUAGACUCAGUGGACAAUUAAACGCUAAAACGCCAUCCGAAUUAAGCUUAAAGCUUUGAUAAAAACUAACGAGUUUCCUAUCUGUAUCCCCAUGAUCAAAAUAUAUAAGUAACAGUUUGCUAAGUCGUCAAUAAAUAAUAUUAAUAAAA